GACGAGCUAUGCUUUGUGGGCGUUUCCCUGAGUGGAGUGACUGCUCUCUGUUUAUCCUUUGACUCCUCUCUCUGGGAGCAGGACUGCUGAAGAAAGGAGCAACCAUGGCACCUGCCAAGAAGAACAGAGUGUUUGUUAUUGGUGUGGGAAUGACCAAGUUUGACAAACCUGGAGCCAGAGACUACCCAGAUAUGGCCAAAGAAGCAGGUGAAAAAGCUCUAAGAGAUGCAGGGAUCCCGUAUUCAGCUGUUGAGCAAGCCUGUGUGGGCUACGUUUAUGGGGACUCCACAUGUGGUCAGAGAGCUAUCUACCACAGCCUGGGUCUGACAGGAAUCCCCAUCAUCAACGUGAACAACAACUGCUCCACCGGCUCCACCGCUCUCUUCAUGGCUCGCCAGCUGAUUCAGGGAGGUCUUGCUGACUGCGUGCUUGCCCUCGGUUUUGAAAAGAUGGAGAGAGGCUCCUUGACUUCCAAAUUCAUGGAUAGGACCAAUCCAAUGGACAAGCACAUGGAGGUGAUGAUCAACCGUUAUGGGAUGGCAGCAGCACCGGGAGCACCGCAGAUGUUUGGCAACGCCGGCAGGGAGCAUAUGGAAAAAUACGGCACGAAACCAGAACACUUUGCUAAGAUUGCUUGGAAAAACCACAGGCAUUCCACCAAUAACCCGUAUUCCCAGUUCCAGGAUGAGUACAGUUUGGAGCAGGUGAUGAACUCCAGGAAGGUGUUUGACUUUCUCACUCUUCUGCAGUGCUGCCCAACUUCAGAUGGAGCUGGAGCAGCGGUUCUGGCCAGUGAGGCCUUUGUUAGGAAGCACCAUCUUGAAAACCAGGCGGUGGAGAUCGUGGCUCAGGAGAUGGUGACCGACUUUCCUUCCACAUUUAGCGAAAACAGCUGCAUUAAGAUGGUCGGAUACGACAUGUCUCGGCUAGCGGCUAAAAAGUGCUUUGAGGCUGCGGGUCUGAAGCCGAGCAACGUUGAUGUGGUCGAGCUGCACGACUGCUUCUCCGCCAACGAGCUCAUCACUUACGAGGCUUUGGGUUUGUGUGAAGAAGGUAAAGCAGGAGAACUAGUGGAUAGAGGGGACAACACAUAUGGAGGGAAGUUUGUGAUCAACCCCAGCGGAGGCCUCAUCUCUAAAGGACAUCCUCUAGGAGCCACAGGUCUGGCUCAGUGUGCAGAACUCUGCUGGCAACUGCGUGGACAGGCUGGCAGGAGACAGGUCCCCGGAGCCAAAGUGGCUCUGCAGCACAACAUUGGCCUUGGGGGAGCUGUGGUUGUCACUAUUUACAAGAUGGGCUUCCCGCAGGUGUCCAGGUGACCACUCAGACUUGCU